AUGAUUGCAGUUGGUGGUAGAAAUUUGAAAACAUGCCAUGAAGCUCUCAGGUUGUUCAAGUCGCUGCUUGAAACAGGUAUUAAGCCUGAUCAUGUUACGUUCGUUGGGGUCCUUUCUGCUUGCACCCAUGCUGGUUUAGUGAACCAAGGGCUUAGAUAUUUCUACUCAAUAAAAGAACAGCAUGGAUUAGCUUAUACUGCAGAUCACUAUGCUUGUGUGAUUGAUCUCUUGAGCCGAGCUGGUAGAUUUGGAGAAGCUAAAGACAUAAUCAGUAAUAUGGCCAUGAAGCCUGAUAAGUUCAUGUGGGCUUCCUUACUUGGUGGUUGCAGAAUUCAUGGAAAUCUUGACCUUGCGAAGCAAGCAGCUGAAGCUCUGUUUGAAAUUGAACCCGAGGAUGCAGCUUCUUAUGUAACUCUUGCAAAUGUCUAUGCCACAGCUGGCAAAUGGAGUGAGGUGGCAAAGAUUAGAAAAAUGAUGGACGAGAAACGAGUGGUAAAGAAACCAGGCAUGAGUUGGAUUGAGAUGAAAAGAAAAACUCACAUCUUCUUAGUUGGGGAUCAGUCUCAUCCCAGGUCCAAGGAAAUAUACGACUUCCUGGGAGAGAUUUCAAAGAAAAUGAAGGAAGAGGGUUAUGUGCCUGAUACAGAAUAUGUGCUGCAUGAUGUAGGAGAGGAACAAAAGGAGCAAACCCUCUUCUAUCACAGUGAAAAGCUUGCAAUUGCGUUUGGGAUUAUUGCUACUCCGCCAGGGACACCAAUAAAAGUGUUCAAGAAUUUGAGGACUUGUGUGGACUGUCACACUGCUAUUAAAUUUAUUUCAAAGAUCUCAGAUAGAAGAAUUACUAUACGGGAUUCAGCUCGAUUCCAUUAUUUUGAAGGCGGAAGCUGUUUAUGUAAAGAUUAUUGGUGA